CAUGUCAUUCCUGUAAACUCGCAUGAACAUGGUACGUCUGUAGUGCCACAGUCUGCUGCUGCUGCUGCUGCUGCUGCUGCUGCCAUCAUGUCCUGCUCGGACCGACACCUCUCCCAACGCACUUGAUGCCAUCAGAGGCGGCGAACUACGGGUUUUACAGGCUGGUGUCUGAUCCAUGUGGAGGAUGGGGAACAUGAUGCGAGGUGUGACUGCAGGGAGUAAGGGCAGCACUGAAAACUUCAACAACUCUGUCAAGGGUUCAGAGGAUGACAUGGUGGUGGUGCUCCAGGACUACCCCUCUCCUGAAAUCAGCGAGCCGAUCUACAGAAUGGGGGAGAAGCUCAGAGUCGUCGCAAAGGAGGCGUAUUGGUGGAGAGUUCGUUCCGUUCAAACAGGGAAGGAGAACUACAUACCAAACAGUCAUGUGGCUAAAGUCUACCAUGGGUGGCUGUUUGAGGGAGUUGAGAGGCAGAAGGCAGAAGAGCUGCUUCUUCUGCCGGGGAACCGAGUCGGCUCGUUCCUGGUGCGUGAGAGCUCCAGAGAGAGAGGUCUGUAUUCGCUAUCAGUGAAGCACAGGAUUGUUAAGCACUAUCGCAUCUUCAGACUGGACAACAGCUGGUACUACAUCUCACCACGUCUCACCUUCCAGUGCCUGGAGGAAAUGAUCAACCAUUAUUCCGACUCUGCAGACGGGUUAUGCUGUGCGCUGACCUCUCCGUGUCUGUCGGGCACGGCUCCGCCACCAGACGCAAGUCCUGCAGCUCCACCUGUAGUCAUGCGACGCAACUUUGACUGGAACAAAGUAGACAGGAAACAGCUGGUCAGCACGGACAGCUGCAGCGAGAACAUGGUGAGCUACGGAGUCAGGAACAGCAUCGCCGCCUACCUGUCCUUUUCUGGAGAACAAGACGCUUCACGGCAAAAAGCAGACAACAGGAAGAAGAAAAGCAAAUCUGUGUAUGCCCUCCCUGAAAACGGCCUCGCAGCCACUGGCUAUGAGGAUGACUUCUAGAGGCAGCAGUGGGGUUCAUAAGACUGGAAAUUCCUUCAAGAGGAGGCCAAUAGAGGACGUCCUCCUGUGGAAUCCGCUGUACAUUUCGAAUGGCGUCUGGGGGCCGUAUUCCAAACAUCGAAGUGUGGGUAGUUUCUAACACUUUGAAGGACUUUAACAAUAAUGCAAAAGGCACAACCACUUACACGAUGACUUAUGAAAAGGAGCAGUGUGGAGGCGAACUGGAUGACUGUGCAAUGAAACUGUGAAGUGUAUGCUACAUAUAGGGCUGAAAACGAAGCCUGGCAUCAUGGCAGUAAAAAGAGACUCGAAUGCUAUGGAUGUUGUUGGGUAGUAUUAAUGUGUGUAUGACUGUUGGUGGUUUCCAAACUAUUUUUAUGUGUUAAUAAAUGUUGAAUGGUAGAUUGGUCAUACUGUGACAUGAACUCAA